AUGGGUAAACCAAACAAUUUCAUGGUUUAUAUGCCAACAAGCAGUUCUUGGAGGAAAGGCUCAGCUCUGCUAAUCAACAACAUUACAUUUGACCGUAGUGAGUACAACAGGCCCGGGGCAAAGCUAGAUGAGGAAAACAUGGAGUGGCUGCUGAGAGCUUUGGGUUACAGCGUUGAGAAACACACAAAUCUCUCUGGAGAUGCAAUAAAUAGAGCAGUCAAGAACUUCUCUAAACGUUAUGAACAUCGAGACUCGGACAGCACCUUUGUGGUCAUCAUGUCCCAUGGGAACAGAUUUGACAAUAAAGAUGCCAUUUUAGGUGUCCAUUAUCAGAGAAAGAACCCCAAUGAUUACUUCUUUGUUGAGAACAUCUUCUCCCAUCUGAACUCAGUCAAUUGUCCGGCUCUGAUUGAUAAACCAAAGGUUAUUCUUAUUCAGGCCUGCAGAGGAGGGACGACAAUAACAUGCUGUUAUUGCAUUGCAAUUUCUCAUUUCUCUUUGUGA